UUUAAGAAAGGGCAAGGCAGAAGCGGAACGUUGGAUUCCAUGUGUCAAAAUAUUUGUAUUUAUUGCUAAUUAAACUUGCUGUAGUUUAAGUAUUUUGUAAAUUGACUACUCAUAAAUAGUAUUAGCCUUCUACAUAGUGCUCUUGCAAGCUGGAAUAAUGUCACAUGACUGCAGGCGGAAGCAGAAUCAAAGUAAUCUUAGUACAAGAUGGCAGCGCUGUCGAGAGGAGGCGAUUCAGGUAAUGGAACUGAUCAGGUACUAGAACUGGGAAGAACAUUACUGACAGAUUUCAUCUACGAGCGGGUUUGUCGCCAUGCUGACAGCAGUACUCAGUUGUCAGUGUCACGGACCCAGUUGGGCGGGAGUGAGCUGUGUGACCCCAACCACAAGAAACUGGCCCUGUGCCUGCAGCAGAUUGGAGAUGAGCUGGAUGGCAAUACACAACUCCAAAGUAUGUUAAAUGAUACUGCACUCCAGCCCAGCCAUGAUGUUUUUAUGAGAGUGGCCCGUGAGAUCUUCUCUGAUGGAAAGUUCAACUGGGGCAGGGUGGUGGCACUUUUCUACUUUGCCUCUCGGCUGGUCAUCAAGGCUCUGUUGACCAAGGUCCCCGACAUCAUCAGAACCAUUAUCAUCUGGGCUACAGACUACCUGCGAGAUCAUGUGAUCAACUGGAUUAGGGAUCAGGGUGGCUGGGAGGGAAUCCGUUCCUACUUUGGCACUCCCACCCGGCAGACCGUGGGGGUGUUUCUCGCUGGAGUUCUUACCACUGUGCUGGUCAUGCACAGGAUGUGAGGGGGAGGAGAGCCUGAGAGAAGGACAUUGAGGGGUGGGACAUAAGACUGGGUAGUAGAGUCAGACAUGUGAGGGUGAAUGGAAGAUGCUUCGGGGGAAGGAAAAGGCGAGAAAAAAAAGUUGGAUGGAAAAACGGCAACGUUUGGACCUGAUCAACCUGCCCUCCAUCGCAAAGGAUUGAGUCAAGGUUCUUAUUGCUGUUCCCUAAACCGCUGAAAAUGUGAGUGGCUCUUGACCGUACAUACAGGAGAGAAGGAGGUGUGUAGAGACUCUGCCAGGGCACAUCUUUUAAUGAAUUAUUUAUGCCUUACCUCAGCAUAUUGUUCAAAGUACUGUAUUCUAUGGUGGGCUAUUUAAAUGCAGACCAUACCAUAAUCCUUCAAUCAAAUGCUCUUAUUAUACACCUUGUUAAUGUGUUAACAAAUAAGGUAACUUAUUUUAAGUUGUCAGUGCCUUGGUUCUUGUCUACAAUAAAUUGCUUUGAUAUUUUUUUACAUGUUUUAAUAUGAACAUAAAAUAAAAAUGAUUCAUGGAUCGAU